AUGACACUGAUUGUUAUGGACGAUGAGCGAGCUCGGGACAUGUGUCCCAUCUGUAAAACAGAUCGGUAUUUGUCUCCGAAUAUGACAUUUCUAAUCAAUCCAGAAUGCUACCAUAAGAUAUGCGAGUCUUGCGUGGACCGGAUCUUUUCUCUUGGCCCGGCGCCUUGUCCAUAUCCAAAAUGCAAUAAGACCCUUCGAAAAAACCGUUUUAAAAAGCAAGUGUUUGAGGACAUUAAGAUCGAGCGAGAAAUUGAUAUCCGUAAACGGAUACAGAGCAUUUACAACAAGACACAGGAAGACUUUCCAUCCCUACAGGAGUAUAAUCAAUAUCUCGAGGAGGUGGAGAACAUCAUUUUCAAUUUAACGGAAAAUAUCGAUGCUGAAGAGACGGAGAAGAAGGUAGCGCAAUACGAAGCAGACCACAAGAUAGAAAUUUUAGAAAUUGCCAUGCGUGAACUGCAAAAAGACGCGGACUCAGCCAAAUACCAAGAGGCUACUGAGAGGUUACGCCAGGAAAAAUUAAAGAUCCAGCGGCAAAUGGAAGUCGAAGAUCUCGAGUUCCAGCAGCAGCAAAAGGCGGAGUUGAUGGAAAAACUUUCGGCAUCAGAUGCGAACGCAGAGGAAAUAAUGCAGCAGCAAAAGAGCAAGCAAUUGAAACGGUCGCUGUUAAGAAAGCGUCAAUUACAACAAAUUCUGAACCAAUUGGACAAACAGUUUCUCUCAGCGAGUCAUACACCAGAGAAAGCUGUACCGCGGACACCAUUUACACCUUUUUGUGGGGACAGAGACCUUCAUCGGCUUUACGAUUUGGGCACAGACAUCGCGGAUGCGUAUUAUGACCCAUAUGUUCACAAAUUGGCACAAAACAAAGAAUUUUUGGGCGGUGGUUGGAGACUAGAAAGCGUUUUUGAGCGUGCUUUAGACGAAGCAUUCAUGGGGCUUCGAUGUUUCAUUUCAGAGGAAAAAGCAGCUUAA